AGAAAGGAAGAGGGGCCUAAUCACUCCCAGGAAAAGCAGCGCUUUCCGCCAGGAUUCUUCCCUGGGAGCCGAGCAUUCCUCCCGCACACAGUGUAGCAGUGAGCCCAGUGAUACAUUGUAUCCUGCGCGUUCCAACGUUCCAUUGUAUCAGCGCAGGUCCUGGCUCACAUUGCUCCAGGGGAUCCCGGGCACAUGGGGCGUUCUACAGAUAGCCAGGUUAUAUAAGAGCUCUCCGGGUCCCAGCUCGGCUCCCACACACACAGCAUGUCUGAAGGCCUGUACGAGAAGUUCUUGGCUCCAGACGAGCCCUUCCCCCUCCUCUCCCAGCGCGGCAGUGUGAGCGAGGAGGGGUGCCUGGAUGUCAGUGAUUUUGGAUGCCAACUCUCAUCAUGCCACCGGACCGACCCCUUGCGACGUUUCCACUCUAACCGGUGGAAUCUAACUUCUUGUGGAACUAGUGUGGCAAGUUCUGAGUGCAGUGAGGAAUUAUUUUCCUCGGUGUCGGUUGGAGACCAGGAUGACUGCUAUUCACUACUGGAUGACCAGGACUUCACGUCUUUUGACCUUUUUCCAGAAGGCAGCGUUUGUAGUGAUGUUUCCUCCUCGAUCAGUACCUAUUGGGACUGGUCUGAUAGUGAAUUUGAAUGGCAGUUACCUGGCAGUGACAUUGCAAGUGGAAGCGAUGUUCUGUCAGAUGUCAUUCCCAGUAUACCAAGCUCGCCCUGCCUUCCAUCCAAAAAGAAAAACAAACACAGAAACUUGGAUGAGCUCCCGUGGAGUGCAAUGACGAACGAUGAGCAGGUUGAAUACAUUGAGUAUCUCAGCCGCAAAGUCAGCACUGAAAUGGGACUACGCGAGCAACUUGACAUCAUAAAAAUCAUUGAUCCAACGGCGCAGAUCUCCCCCACAGACAGUGAAUUUAUCAUCGAACUGAAUUGUUUGACAGAUGAAAAGUUGAAACAGGUUCGGAGUUACAUCAAGGAACACAGUCCUCGUCAGCGAAACACACGGGAGAACUGGAAGAGAAGUAGUUAUAGUACAGCUAGCACUAGUGGUGUAAGUGGAGCCAGUGUCAGCAGUAGCAGUGCCAGCAUGGUGAGCACAGCCAGUAGCAGUGGGUCAAGUGUGGGCAACUCUGCAUCAAACUCCAGUGCCAACAUGAGCCGGACACACAGUGAUAGCAAUUUGUCAGCAAGUGCCGCAGAAAGAAUUCGAGAUUCAAAGAAAAGAUCAAAGCAACGAAAACUACAGCAGAAAGCAUUGCGCAAGAGACAGCUAAAGGAACAGAGACAAGCCAGAAAGGAAAGACUAAGUGGCUUAUUCCUUAACGAAGAAGUCCUCUCUUUAAAAGUCAACGAAGAAGACCACGAAGGGGAUGUAGACGUACUGAUGUGACGAGGGUGAAACAAACAGUGUUCUUCCUAAGUCUUAACAACUCUACUUAACAAGUCUACUUGAGAAAAACUUUAAAGAAUGUAUAUCAGCUGGUGUAAUUAAUUCUGAGUGAGCAGCCGUUUACAGAGCUGUGUGGGUAAGACAUGAUUGCCACAGAUUUUCAGACACUUUGGGCUGGCAGUGUUCCCCACAAUUAAAAUACGUCUUGUAACUCAUCAACCUCAUUCUAUUUCGAUUUUAAGUACCACUAAAUCGGCUACUGCGUGUGCUUUGUAGGUAAGGUUUAAACUCUGAAAACUAGUUAAUUAUUGCAUAGAUUUCCCUAACCAUGUGCAACCCAUUCGCCUUAACUAAAAAUCCUGUCCGUCUAAUUUAAUUUUCACAUGGUUAACUUCAGGUCACCUGCACUCUGUAAAUACAAGAAUCAAUGAAGUGAACUGCAUCAUUAAAAAGAAAAAUACCCAAGAAUGUAAACCUGCUAAGAUUAGUAGUGUUUUUUCUCUCCUUCAUAUACCGGGUACAUUCAACACCAGAUAGUGUUAAUUACUUUUUGAAACUUGCAUCUUACAAGCAACAUGCCAUUCAUUGUAAUAGUCAUGCUAGGUUGGGUCCUUCUGUAUUGGCACGGGGAAACUUUAGAACUUAAACACAUUAUAAAACCCCCAUUUUAUGGGGCAAAUCCGUAUUUUCCUGUGAAUUGUAUACUAACUUGUCAACCAGCUGUGUCCUUCAGAAAUGACAAACGAAGACAGACGUAUGCUUGAUUUACCGUAUUAAGACAGAUGAACAUCUUUAACAAUGUUUAAUGACCCAUUACUGACAGACUUAAGAAGAACACUGUAAUGACUACACUGUGUUUUGGGAUUCAAAACUGUCAAUACUACUUGUUUACUUGUAAAUUUGUAUCUAUAUAUAAUGCACUCCUUGUUUGUACAGCUAACUGCUGAUCAGACGCCUGCGGCAAGUUAAUUGAGUGCUGUACAGUUCUGUCUGCUGUGUAUUCUAAGAACAUAUAUAUAAUAUAUAUAUUUUGUUGUGGGAAAGCAAAAUUCUAUGAAAUUCAAACAUCUUG